GGACCGGGGCACUUAAAUCUUUUAUCUUAAGAAUGGCUGCUUUGGCGAUAACGGGAUUGACGUAUUCCCCCUAGCUCCUCAACUCACUUUCCCAAAGAAAGCGCUGUUUGUAAGGGGGGCUCUGAUCUCUACAGCCGGUUUCCACUGCGCGCAAUCACAGCUCUAGGACCAGCGGUACAGUCGGUGCGCUCUGGCAGAAAGCAUCCAGCCUCUUUAUCUCUCGGUUCUAACAGCAAUCGGUAUUCUUCUCAGUGUCCCCCAACCCUCACUCACCGCUCGCAAUGAAACCGUUGUAAUCCACCCUGUUCAUUUUCUUUCUUUCUUUUUCGGUUUCACACUUUACUUACUGCAAAGUGAGCGCAGAGAAGAGGAAAACGCGGGAAAUACUCUUCAUCUGCAAGUUUUCGUGUGUGUGCCGCACUGGAGGGGAGGAAGAGAUGGCAGCCCCGGUGAAAGCAGCCCUGGCUCUCCUGAUUUUCACCGUGACAACUAUCCUGUGUGCGGAGGUAGAGGAACGGUUGGUGAAUCACCUGUUGUCACCAGAGCGCUACAACAAACUCAUCAGGCCAGCUAUCAACACCAGCCAGCAGGUCACCAUUUACAUCCAGGUGUCUCUAGCCCAGCUGAUCAAUGUGAAUGAGAGAGAGCAGAUCAUGACCACCAACUGUUGGCUCACCCAGGGUUGGAAUGACUACAGAUUAAUGUGGGAUCCUGAGGAGUACGAGGGAAUCAAGAAAAUCCGACUCCCGUCACAACACAUCUGGUUGCCUGACAUUGUCCUUUACAACAAUGCCGAUGGGACAUAUGAAGUCUCCUUCUACUCCAACGCAGUGGUCUCCAAUAAUGGUGAAGUGGCCUGGCUCCCACCAGCGAUCUACAAGUCGGCUUGUAAAAUCGAAGUCCGUGAUUUUCCCUUUGACCAGCAGAACUGCACUCUCAAGUUUCGCUCUUGGACCUACGACCACACGGAGAUCGAUCUCAUCCUCCUCAGUGAUUACGCCUCACGCGAUGACUUCAAGCCUAGUGGCGAGUGGGAUAUUGUUUCACUGCCUGGACGCAAGAAUGAAGACCCUAACGAUAUCAGAUACCUGGAUAUUACUUAUGAUUUUAUUAUCAAGAGAAAACCUCUCUUUUACACCAUCAACCUGAUCAUUCCCUGCAUCCUGAUCACGUCGCUGGCUAUUCUUGUCUUCUACCUCCCAUCAGACUGUGGUGAGAAGAUGACUCUUUGUAUCUCAGUCCUCCUGGCUCUUACUGUGUUUUUACUCCUUAUCUCAAAGAUUGUGCCACCUACGUCUCUAGCAGUGCCUCUGAUUGGGAAGUACCUAAUGUUUACAAUGGUGCUGGUCACCUUCUCUAUUGUCACCAGCGUUUGCGUGCUCAACGUGCACCAUCGGUCACCCAGUACGCACACUAUGCCUCCUUGGGUCAAGCGUGUCUUUCUGUACCGGCUCCCCUCUUUCCUCUUCAUGCGGAGACCAGGAAGUUCCAACAUCCGUGAACGGUUCCGGAAAAAACACCAGAAGCAGAAGUACUCUGACCAGAAGCAGUGUGGAACAGAAGUUGGAGGUGGAAGCUCUGUGGGAAUGGCUGAUUCCUCCUCAUCCUUCUUUGUCAAUGAGGAGUCAGCCAAGCGCUAUGGCUGGAGGGUCAGUGACUGCUCAGAGAACACAGAGUUCAGGAAGAGGAUGACGCUCAAGAGCAACAUUGACGUGGAGGAUGCAGUGGAUGGAGUACGUUAUAUUGCGGAGAAGAUGAAGAGUGAGGAUGAUGAUGAAGGGAUCAUUGAAGACUGGAAAUACGUGGCGAUGGUUAUCGACCGUCUUUUCCUGUGGAUCUUUGUGUUUGUGUGUGUAGUUGGGACGAUGGGGCUCUUCAUGCAACCUCUUUUUCAGAGUUAUAACACCCCCAUUGUUGAGGACAUGGAUCAUAAAUCUGAAACUUGAUGUGACUCAGAAGUGACUUUUUAUUUCCAGAAGCAGAUUUUAACACAUAAAGUCAUAUGUCCGCCUCUCACCUCACUCUGACUGGGAAAGGACGCAUUUUAGCCUUUCCAUUUCCUCCUCCCCAUCCCUGCUCUGCCCUUUGAAUCUUACACAUACCCCCGCAGUCCUACAAUCAACUCAUCUGCCAUUCACACAGGGGCUGUGAUUGUUUUAUUUCAGAGGAUCUGCCACCCCAAGCUUUAUAACAGAAAGAAAUUAAGAAAAAAACAUAACCCAAGCUGUUUUUUUGGUGUUUUAUAUCUGGUACAAUAUUUACUUCAAUACCUUUAUCUAAAAGGUUGGGAUGCUAUGCAAAAUGUGGUUGUAUUCUCAUUUCGGAGAGCCAGCACAAGUCCGGGUGUAGCCUCUUGUAUCAGCCACACUUUCACUAAUCCCUAUAAACAAAUGCGUGCAGACAGUCAUGGCUGUAGCAGUGCAAUGGCUUGUGCGUGAACCACCAGGCAGCAUACCAUUCAGUAAAACAAGGCAACAGCUUUUAUACCUUUACCUGCAGCAUCACUUUGCUUUAAGAAUGUGAGUGCUGGAUGGACCACAACAGUUUGGAGCAUUAUGAAACAAAAAGAAAGAACUGCACUGCAAAACAGUGCUGGGAAAACUGCUUCUCCCCUUCCUGAUUUCUUUCCUUCUUUUUUUGCAUACUUCUCACACUUAAAUAUUUCAGAGCUUUAAAAAGAUUUUAAUAUUAGAUAAAGAUAACCUGAAUAAAUAGAAAAUCCAAACUUAUCUGGCCCUGUGUGUAAAACCCUUGUUAAAUCAGGAAUUAAUCACAGUGAUUACCCGGUGUCACUGAGGACAUAAAAGUUAAACUUUCUGGAAGGUUUGCGUUCCAUUACAUUGGGCGUAAAGCUAACACAGCAGAACAUCAUGCCUGCAGUUAAAGCAGGUGGUAGUGGGAUGGUCUGGGGCUGUUUUGCUGCCUCAGGACCUGAACAACUUGCUGUAAUAGAUGAAGACUUAGGCCUACCAGAAAAUCCUGAAAGAGAAUUUCUGGCCAUCAGUUCUGCUCCAGCACACUCAGGUGCAGGAUAAAAAAUACACCAUCAAGUCAACCUGUGAAUGGCUUAAAAAACAAAAAUGAAGAUUUUGGAGACGGCUAAUCAAAGUCCAGACUUCAAUCCUGUUGAGAUGCCUUGGCAUGACCUUAAAAGACUGUUCAUGACCAAACCCCCCCUCAAACAAGGGUGAAUUAAAACAACUCUGCAAAGAAGAGUGGAGCAAAAUUCUACCACAGCGAUGUCAAAGACUCAAUGCAAAUACUUGAUUGCAGUUCUUGCUGCCAAGGGUGGCACAACCAGUUCUUAGGUUUAGGGGGAAAUUACUUUUUCACACAAGGCCACAUGGGUUUGGAUAGACUUUUUCCCCUUAAUAAAUGAUAUCAUGACUGAGUAACUUGAGUUAUCUUUGUCUAAUAUUAAAAUUUGUUUUAUGUUCUGAAACAUGAAAGUUUUACAAAAUGCAGAAAACUAAGAAAC